GUAGCUCUGAUAAGACUAAGAAAAGUUGAUUCGGAGCUUAGUGGAGCGGAGCCGAGGAGAGUAGGCAGAAGCCGAGUGGAGCAGGACACCACGAGGGAGCCAUGGAGAAUGAGUACAAGUAUGAGGAUUAUAAGAAAACAGCUGAGUGGCUUUUAUCCCUCACUGAACAUCGGCCCCAAAUAGCAGUGAUCUGCGGUUCUGGAUUGGGGGGGUUGGCAAAUAAAGUGACCCAAUUGCAGGCCUUUGACUACAGUGAGAUACCCAACUUCCCUCAGAGCACAGUACCAGGUCAUGAAGGGCGAUUGGUAUUUGGAUACUUAAAUGACAAAUGCUGUGUGAUUAUGCAGGGUCGAUUCCACAUGUAUGAAGGCUAUGCACUCUCGAAGGUGGCAUUCCCUGUGCGGGUUUUCCAACUUAUGAAUGUGCAUACGUUAAUUGUCACCAAUGCUGCUGGUGGACUGAACCCCGAAUAUGAAGUUGGGGAUAUUAUGCUGAUCCGAGAUCAUAUCAACUUGGCAGGUCUCAGUGGCCAAAAUCCACUCAGAGGACCCAAUGAUAGAAGAUUUGGAGAAAGGUUUCCUCCCAUGUCUGAUGCUUAUGAUCGAAUUUUGAGAGAGAAGGCCCAUGGUAUAUGGAAAAAAAUGGAUCAACAACGACCACUUCAUGAAGGAACAUACGUUAUGGUGGGAGGCCCCAGCUUUGAAACCAUUGCAGAGUGUCGGUUUCUGCAGAAAAUAGGGGCUGAUGCUGUGGGCAUGAGCACGGUGCCAGAAGUGAUAGUGGCUAGACAUUGUGGCCUUCGGGUCUUUGGAUUCUCCCUCAUUACAAACAAAUCAAUCUUGGACUACGAAACCCAUGAGACUGCCAAUCAUGAAGAAGUACUGAUGGCUGGGCAGGAGGCCGCCAAGAAGUUGGAAGAAUUUGUCUGUAUUCUUGUGAAAAACAUUCAUCCACCAUCCGAAAAGACUUUUUGACCUUUCCUUCCCUGCUGCCUACUUUUCAUUCCAGAUAGUGACCACUUCUAAUCCUUGCUGAGCCACUUAGCUCCCUGAUAGAAGAACUGGGUAUUUCAUCUCCUUGGAAUAUCUACUCAUCCUAUUAGACCUCCCCCUCCCCCCAAUGUUAUCUAAUUCUCUUUCUUAUUCCUUUGGUCCCUUCCCUCUAAAGCUGGAUCAUUCCAUUGUAAUUCCUAACCCACAGACCACAUUCUUCAUUCCACCUCUAGUGGAUGUGAGGAUUAAGCCCACAUUGCACUAAAGCUGCUGCUAAUAAUUUGAAAGGACUACUAUUCUUAAUAUUCCCUGGGGCAUAUUCUCUGCAAUGCUAUGACUUCUGAGACUUUGGUCCCAGACCAGUGUGUUUUACAAAUAGUACUAUGCAGGAAUAAAAAGAUAGCCAGAAAAAAAAAAA